UGAUGUUGUUAUGCUUGGGGGAUUUUGGCCAAAACAUAUUGAAAGUGCAGGUAGAGAUUUGUAAGAAGAUAGCUAAGAAGAGAGAUUGCUGGCAAUGGAAGGUGAUAUGAAUGAGAAGCUUGUAAUUAGAGAAGAAGAAGCAGAAGAAAGUAAUUGUCAUGAGAAAGUAGUGUCGUUGAAGGGGAAGGUGUGGAGGGAGACGAAGAAGAUAUGGGUGGUGGCGGGACCGGCUAUGUUCACCAGAUUCUCCACGUUUGGGAUAAAUGUCAUCACUCAAGCCUUUGUUGGACACAUUGGCGCUACACAACUAGCUGCCUACUCUCUCGUAUACACCGUGCUUCUCAGGUUUGCAAACGGCAUCCUGUUGGGCAUGGCUAGUGCACUGGAAACUCUCUGUGGGCAGGCAUAUGGUGCAAAACAAUACCACAUGCUUGGAGUAUAUCUUCAAAGGUCAUGGAUAGUUUUGUUCUUGACCUCAAUCUUUCUUCUUCCUCUAUUUAUCUUCACAACCCCAAUUCUAGAGCUUUUAGGCCAAGAGGAAAAUAUUGCAGAACUAGGAGGAAACAUUGGUUACUGGUUCAUUGGUGUGGUGUUUUCCUUCAUUAUAAGUUUCACAUGCCAAAUGUUCUUACAAUCACAGAGCAAAAACAUGGUUAUUACCUACUUGGCAGCAUUUUCAAUUGCAGUCCACAUCCUCCUCUCAUGGCUUUUAACUGUGAAAUAUAAGUUUGGGAUUCCGGGUGCAAUGUUGUCCACAUUGGUGGCCUUUUGGAUUCCAAAUAUCGGCCAGUUUAUAUUUGUUGUAUGUGGAGGUUGUCGGGAAACAUGGAAGGGCUUCUCAAUAUUAGCUUUCAAGGAUCUUUGGCUGGUUUUCAAGCUUUCGCUAUCAUCUGGUAUUAUGCUCUGUCUGGAGCUCUGGUACAACACAGUGUUGGUUCUUUUAACAGGAAAUAUGAAAAAUGCUGAGGUCUUCAUCGAUGCUCUAUCCAUAUGUAUUAAUAUCAAUGGGUGGGAAAUGAUGAUAUCUCUAGGAUUCAUGGCUGCAGCAAGUGUCCGGGUAUCAAAUGAGCUAGGAAGAGGGAGUUCAAGAGCUGCAAAGUUCUCAAUGAUGAUGAUAGUGCUGACAUCAUUCACCAUUGGAUUCGUGCUUUUUCUAUUUUUCCUUUACUUCAGAGGACGUGUUGCCUACAUAUUCACCGAAAGUCAGGAGGUGGUUGAAGCGGUGGCAGAAUUGUCACCCUUGCUGGCUCUCUCUAUACUACUCAACAGUGUUCAACCAGUGCUCUCUGGUACACUUCCUCUUUCUCCAUUAUCUUCAACCUACACAUACUAUAACGCUUCCAAAAUUAAACUGAUUUAUUCAAUCAAUAUUGAAAGAAUUACUAGUAACUCCUCCACUCCAAUUAACUAG